AUGCCUGAGCACUCUAUCUUAAAAGACUAUACUUUAUUGAUUAUUUUAAAAUAUGAACGUAAUUGCAGGGUGACUGAUAUAUGGCGCUCAUACUUUGCCCAGAAACUUUUGCAUCUCGUUGGCGAAAGAGUGGCUUUUUAUCCAGUGAAUGCUAUACAAUUUAGAAAUGCACACGACUAUUUGGCUGAUUUUGAACAAGAGUUAGAUGUGUAUAUGAAAUCUGGAGAAUUUGUAGAAUUGCUCGAAUCAUGGCAUUGCGAAUCCAGCGAUAUCAGCACGUGCGCAGUAGAACUUGCUGAAGAGUUGGGGUCAGUCUAUAUUCUUAGCUAUCUACCAAUUUAUAUACCCAGUUUAAUAAAUUUUAGGCGGCUAGGCUUCUGGCAGAAGAAAGACGCUCACUUGGUGAAGCUAUGGAUAGAUGAUCUCAAAUCAGUAGGAAUGUCGUUUGCUUUAAGGUACGAUUUCCCCAAAAUGAUAACUAAACCACUCUCGGCAGACUGCAUUGGUAGCAUGGACAACGGACCAACUUGUCAUUCAGCUCAUAUUGAACUCAUCACAGAUAUGCCUCUAAACCACAGCAAAAAG